CGCAAAACAAUAACAAACAAAAAAAUUACAAAAAGCAUAAACAUAAACAAACACAAGCACAGGGAGCGAGCGAAUCGAAACGACGCCAUGGGUUUUCCGCGCAUCCUCAGCAAGAACAACAAGAUCUACACGAAGCUGGGCGAGUUCUGUCUGUCGGGGGACAGCUUCUGGAUCGUUUGCCACACGUGCCAGGAGGAACUGCAGACGCAGGAUCAGUUCUGGAAACACAUACAGGACGAGCACAACUUCCUGCACGGCGUGCUCAAGCAGGAGCAUAGCCGGACCUCCAGCUACUGCCUCACAGAUGUGGAGGCUGCGGCGGCGGCGGCAGCAGCGGCCACGCCAGGUGGUAGCUCUCAGCAGGGCGCCACGGCGGUCAGCGUGCCAUUGGCCCUAUACCACUGCUCCGCCAAGUACUCCGAGGAGGAGCAGCGCGAGGUGGAACUGCACGAACAGCAGGUCCAAGUGCAGCAGCAGGUGCAGCAGCAGGUGCAACAGCAGCAGCAACAGCAGGCCCAACAGCAGGCCCAACAGCAGGCUCAGCAGCAGCAAGCCCACCAACAACACCAGGCCCAACAGCAACAGCAGGCCCAUCAGCAGCUCCACCAACAGCGAGAUGUGGCCAAGGAGCUGGCUGAACUGCAUGCCAAUGCCGUGGCCGCGGCCGCAGCUGCAGCAGCCGUGGUUUCCACUGCCGAGGCGACCACAAGGAGCAACAGCGGCAUCGACAUCAAGAUAGAGCCGAGCAGUAUCACACUAACGCCCGAAAUGCAGGCGGCUGCUGCGGCUGCUGGGACCAUUUACCAUCUGCCGCAGCUGGUGCCGACGCCUGUGCCGCCUCCGCCGCCCACGCCAGGAUUUGUUAGUGUCAGCGCCAGCACCACCACCUCCAAUACGGUCAGCACCACGCCGCCCAAUAUGCUCCACCAGCAACAACAGCAACAGCAGCAGCAGCACCAACUCAACAUGACAGUUGUGCCAUCGACAACAAUGGCCGCCGCCAUGCUGGCCGCCAGCCACGAACAGCUGCCCAAGGACUCCAACAGCACGACGGCCAGCGCCGGGAGCGCUGUGUCCUCGGAUGACGGAGAACGCUGGUAUAUCUGCGACUACGAGACUUGCGGCCUGAAGUUCAAGUACAAGUCCAGAAUGGAGUUGCACCGGGUAGUGCACAGCAAAGAGCGGCGUUUCAACUGCGAACUGUGCAGCGCAUCCUUCAAGCAGUCAUGCAACCUGUCAACGCACCGCAAGAAAAAGCAUGCGCUGAGGGGCAUCAAAACCGAGAUACUGCCGCAGCGCUUCUAGGUUGUAGAUCGUGCAGCCGCAGCCUUAAGAUCCUCCAUAUAUCCCCCAUCACUUGUUUAGCUCACUGCAAUCUGAGGCAGCUACUAGGACUAGAUUCUAGACUGCAACCCUCAUAAACCCUGACCGGCAAUUUCGACCUUAGCUUAUGGAUUACUUUACAAACCCACAAAACUCGCCUGCUUGCCACACGACGAAUACUUUUCUAACUUUUUGUUUUGUAAAAUACCUUAACAAUUGUAUAAUUUAGCUGGAAGCCGCAAGGAAAAUCCUCAAAAAUCUCUAAAUCUUCAAAGUACAUUUGUUUUUCGCUUGUUUUCAAAAAAUCUCUGCAUAAUGUUCAAAGUAAUUUCGGUUGGAAUUCGCUUAAAAAAGAGAUUUCGGAGAUUCUUCUGCAAAAAAUCUGGUUGUAAAUUGAAAACUUCAACACUCUUGUGGCAGGCAAGCGAUCUAUAUAUACAUAUAAAUAUAAUUGUAUCUAAUGUAGGCUUAGUUUCCCUUGUAAAUGUAACGUUAGUGUUUAAUCGGGGUUAUGUUAACCUCCCAUUAACUUUUACGCUCUAGAUGUACAUGCAAUAUUUUUUACGGGGUGUUCCUAAAAUCUCCAUUGAUUUUCGGAGGGUUUGGGUGUCCCAUAAUGUUUUUAGGUUUUAGAUUGUGUUUCGGAGUAAAUUUACUCAAACUUUAGGACCAAUUUUGUCAAAGUUUAAUCAUGGUGGAUUUUAAAUCGUUUACUCAAAACUUAAUAGGUUUCUGGGACACCGCGAUCUGUUCAUCAGUUGAAAAUUGGUUGGAAGAGAUUUCUGGGACACACCCGAUAGUGGCUAAGAUAGUGGCAGUUACAGUUGAACAGGUUAAUCUACGUCAGUUGUUCAGUUAGUUACACUCUAUAUAUAAAUGUCUUGAGUCUAGGACGAUACAGAUGGUAAAAGUACUAUCAAUCAAUCAAUCAAAAGCAACCAACCACAGCAACAACAGCAACACCAAUUGAAAACGAAAAUACAUAAAGAAUACCUUUUAAAUUGUUCUAAAA